AUGCCCAGGAUCCUCCUGGCUCUGGCACUCGGGGUGCUGCUGUCUGAGAUGAAGCUGUCAAGUGAGGCCAGGACACCUCCCUACGGUGUGAAACUGUGUGGCAGGGAGUUCAUCCGCGCAGUCAUCUUCACUUGUGGAGGAUCUCGCUGGAGACGGGCAGGAAAUGUUGGUGCCCUCCCUGGAGGAGAUUCUGCAGAAGCUUUUGCCGCAACUUCCUCAUCCAACGAAUGGGACCCAAUCUAUGCCCCACCAAAGGAUCUGGCUGACUAUUAUGGCAGCUGGCGUAGCCAGCAGGGCCACAGUCCCUCAGAAGAAACCUGGGGCUUUGAACGUGGAGCCCGAGAUGUUAUAGCAGGCCUGGGCAAUGCCUGCUGUAAGUGGGGAUGUAGUAAGAGUGAAAUCAGCUCCCUGUGUUAA